GCGCUACUGGUGCCCUCCAUGGCUCAGGCGCCCUUGCUGGCUCUAUCACGUCGCUCAAUCGCGUGGCUUUUUCCUUACGCUUUCGCACCGCUGGGCCUGCCUCUGGAUCCGGUCCUGAUCCGGUUUUUACGUCCGCACACUUGCGCUUACUACCGCGCUUUCCCUUACCCGCAGUAGCUUUGGCAUUCUCCUUCUCAGCA